UCCCGCCGCUCCCACGCUUCCCUCCCCCAGACUGCAAUCUCCCACAAGGCGAGACCAGGGAGACUGGGACCUUACGCUGCGUAAAGCCCGUUCGACCCGGAAACAAACCUUUAAAACCCCACCUCCCCUCCUCUCUCAGGGGUGGGAGGAAUCGACGCGUGCGGAAGAACUCGCCGCUUCGCCGUUGCUAGGCGACCAGCAAGGCGAGCGCACCGGGGCUCUCCCGGGACCGAGACCCGGCGGAGCUGCGUCCCCACGCCCGAGGCAGGACAGAGAUUCCUGUGCCAUCAGAUGUCUUUCUGCUUGACUGAACUACACCUGUGGUCCCUGAAGAGUACCUUGCACAUUGCGGAUAGAGAUGUCGGCGUCUACCAGUACUAUAACAAGAAAGAUCCACCAGUGUCAGCAACAGAGCAUGGUAACUUAGAGGAAAAACAAAGGCUGGCAGAAUCACGAGAUUAUCCUUGGACACUCAAAAAUAGACGCCCAGAGAAACUUCGAGACUCACUGAAAGAGUUGGAGGAACUGAUGCAAAGCAGUCAGUGUGUGCUGAGCAAAUGGAAGAGCAAACACGUCUGUCAGGUCCUCUUUGGUUCAGGUGUGCUGGUGUCCCUAAGCCUUUCCGGGCCUCAGCUGGAGAAAGUGGUGAUUGACAGAAGCCUGGUGGGGAAGCUCAUCUCAGACACCAUCAGUGAUGCUCUUCUUACAGACAGUUUCAUCAUCCUAUCAUUUUUGGCACAAAACAAACUAUGUUUUAUUCAGUUUACAAAGAAGAUGGAUUCUCUUGAUGUAAAUAAGAAACCGGAAAAACUCUCAGCCUUGGAUUAUAAGAUUUCCUAUUAUGACAUACCCGGCCCCACAAACAGGACACUAGAGCGUCACUUAGCUAUCAACUCCAGUCAGGAUGCAGUUGUUUGCUGGUGGCCGCUGCUCAGUGAUGGUGCUUGGCCUUGGACUCCAAUCUCUUCUGAGAAAGACAGAGCCAAUCUCCUGCUCUUGGGUUUUACUCAAGGAGGACUUCAGGUUCUGAGUUGUGUUCGUACAGAAGGGAAUCCUCUGGAGAUUCACUUUGGCGCCAAACAGCCUUACCAGGUGUGCACAGUGGAGUGCUCCGUCAGUGUGGACAAGGAGCCCAUGGCUGACAGCUGUGUCUAUGAAUGUGUCCGGAACAAACUCCAUUGCAUGUCAGUUACCAGAAUACCACUAAGAUCGAAGGCCAUCAGCUGUUGCAGGAACCCUACUGAAGACAAGCUGAUUGUGGGCUGUGAAGACUCUUCAGUAAUUCUCUACGAAGCUCACCGUGGAGUGACUCUCUUGGCUCAGGCUGGACUUCUGCCUUCAUUAAUAAGCUGCCACCCAAGUGGUGCCAUUCUGCUAGUUGGCAGCAAUCAAGGGGAACUGCAAAUUUUUGACAUUGCUCUAUCCCCUGUUAGCAUCCAGCUCUUGGCUGAAGAUCGCUUACCCAGUGAGACUCUGCAAUUCAAUAAAUUCUUUGAUGUUUCAAGCAAUCUUGUUCAAAUGCAGUGGAUAGCUCCUCCUGUUGUUUCCCAGAAGCCCGAAAGAGGAGAAAUCUAUGAUCUCCUCUUCCUCAGGUUCAACAGAGGACCUGUGGGUGUGCUGUUGUUUAAACUUGGUGUCCUCACUCGAGGACAACUGGGUCUGGUGGAACUCAUCUCCCAGUACAUCCAUUGUGAUGAGGUGAAUGAGGCCAUAAACACCCUGAGCAGCAUGAACUGGGACACCCAGGGUCAGCAGUGCUUCCUCAGCAUGAGCACCAUCACGAACCAUCUCUUGAGACAAAGGCUCACUCCAGAGAGAGAAGCACAGCUUGAGGCAAGCCUUGGAACCUUCUAUGCUCCAACAAGACCACUUCUGGACACCACUGUUUUGGAAUACAGAGACCAGAUCAGCAAGUAUGCCAGGAGGUUUUUCCACCACUUGCUCAGGUACCGGAGAUUUGAAAAGGCCUUUCUCUUAGCUGUUGACAUUGGUGCUCGUGACCUGUUUAUGGACAUUCAUUACCUUGCCCUGGAUGUGGGUGAACUGGCUCUGGCUGAGGUGGCAAGAAGAAGAGCAUGUGACCUUGAUGUCGUGUCUGUUCCCUCUGGAAUCGAACUCCUGGGCCCCUUGGACAGACAAGACAUGCUAAAUGAAGCUUUUGCUGGCCUAGCUUUAACACCUGAAGAAGAAAACACAUUUCCAGAUCUUCGUCCUUCCAUUGGCUCCAAGCACAGACAUGCUGUUCAACAGAAAAUACCGAACAGCCCUUCUAACAGACAGGCAGUUGAGAGGAGGAAUGAGCAGGAGGGGAAGACCCACACUGAGUCUUCGGUGACCACCACCUCAGAUGCAGAAGGAGGACCGAAAGAAGACUGCAGGGGACAGGACAUUGAAGAUGUUGGUUCUCUCAGAAUGGUUCAUUUUGGCUUGGUGUAAAUUAUUAGAAACUCCAAAAAGAAACUUGCCCUUUUCAUGUCUUUUGUUUUGUUUUGUUUUGUUUUUUGUUUUUGUUUUUCAAGACAGGGUUUCUCUGUAUUGUUUUGGAGGCUGUCCUGGAACUUGCUCUGUAGACCAGGCUGGCCUCGAACUCACAGAGAUCCACCUGCCUCUGCCUCCCAAGUGCUGGGAUUAAAGGCAUGUGCCACCACCGCCCAGCCUUUUCAUGUCUUUUAUAUUGCCCUGAAUCGAUGUAAAUCUCCAUGUGUGGCCUUAAUAGAAGGAACGAUGGUGCAUGCAGCACAACGUAACAAUAGCAAAGUGACCCCAAAUAAAAGCCCUUAACCCCUUGUUUUCAUACUGUGCACUUUGUAAAUAAGUAUAAAAGGUAGAACAUCUCAUUCUUGUUCUCCCUAAUCUUCUCAGUUUUUCCUCCUUUGGGGGCUGGAGAGAUGGUUCAGCAGUUAAGAGCAUUUGUUCUUGAAGAAGACCCAGGUUCAAUUCCGAGCACCCACAUGGUGGCUCAUGGCCAUCCAAAACUCCAGUUUCAGGGACUCCAGUGCCCUCUUCUGAUCUCCUCAGACACCAAGCACAGACAUGAGGUACCUACGCAUGUAUAAUAAGAUAAAUCUUUACAAAAAUUCUUCUCCUGGUCUUAUUUACAUUGCUAAUAAAAUGUUUAUUAAGAAAA